AUGAGGGAGACAAGGGGAGAAGGUGGAGGGGGUGGCAGGGGAUGGAGUGGGGGAGAGAAGAGGAGGGAGGGAGAAGGAGCAGAAAGAGGGAGGAGAAGAGGGAGAGAGAGAGGGGGGAGGGGAGGUGGUGGUAGCAGGGAUGGAGGAGGAAGAGCAGCAGUGGGAAAGAGAUGGAAGCGAGAUAAUUUGGACAAUGGUGACAAUGGAGAUGGAGGGAACAAUUCUUUCAAGCAUGGUGGUGGUUACAAUCAAGAUAGCCAACAAACCGGAAGUAUGUCAUGGGCUCAAAGACAAGAUAAUUAUUAUGCCACUCAAGAUACUGAUCAUGGCCAUCGUCCUAGCAUAGAAGCACAACGUCAAUUCCUCAAUAAUUUAACUCAAUUUUCAAGUGAGGAUACUUUCUCUCACCAUUCAGGGUCACAAAGAUAUAGAGGAAUCGAUGAUCAAAUGCAAAAUUUGGGUAUACACCCAACCUAUGAGCAUGAAUCUAGCCAAAACUGCAGUACUAGUCAAUUGAGAUAUGGCUAUGACCAAUUAUAUGGAAUCACUCCUGACUAUUACAGUGGAUAUCGGUCAUUUGAUGGAUCUGGAUAG